UCGAAAGGCAGAAAAACGCCAUGCUUGUUCAAAAAAGCAGAGAGCCUUACAAGAUCAAAAGACUGACCAGUCUAAAUCUAUUUCUUUAACUUUUUAUUUUUGGAAUAACAUAUUUUUAUAUAUUUCUUCUGUUGGUCGUCACUGAGAAGAGAACCAAAGAAUUUUCUUUGGCUUUUGCUUUGUCUGUCUCUUAGCCAACUUUUAUUUUCUUUUGCCUGCUUCUUCUUCUUAUUCUUCUCAAUUUAUUUUCUUUUUUCAUAGGCAUUAUUGGAAGAUUUACAUGCAAGUAAGUUUCGAGUUCGUUCAUUGGAUUAUGAUAUGAUUUGGAGAGAAUUUCAUUCAAAACUUGUGUUUGGAGUAGAAUUUUGAAUUCCAAGAUAACUGCAAUGGAGGAAAAACCAUUCCCUGCAUGGUCAUGGUCUGUUGAGCAGUGUUUGAAAGAGUACAAUGUCAAGUUGGAUAAGGGUCUGAGCUCAUAUGAAGUUGAGAAGAGGCGUGAGAGAUAUGGCUGGAAUGAACUUGCCAAAGAGAAGGGCAAGCCUUUAUGGCGGCUUGUAUUGGAACAAUUUGAUGACACGCUUGUGAAAAUUCUUCUGGUUGCUGCCUUUAUAUCUUUUAUUUUAGCUUAUUUGCAUGGAAGUGAAUUCAGCGAUGAGUCUGGGUUUGAAGCCUACGUGGAACCAUUUGUGAUAGUUUUGAUUUUAGUCCUUAAUGCUAUUGUUGGAGUGUGGCAAGAGAGUAAUGCUGAAAGGGCACUUGAAGCUCUCAAGGAGAUGCAAUGUGAAUCAGGAAAGGUUCUAAGGGAGGGCUAUUGGGUUCCGGACAUGCCAGCAAGGGAGAUUGUUCCUGGAGAUAUAGUGGAAUUACAGGUUGGGGACAAAGUGCCUGCGGAUAUGAGAGUUGCAGUUCUGAGGACAUCGACAUUGAGAGUUGAACAGAGCUCAUUGACUGGAGAGGCUAUGCCUGUUUCGAAAUGCACUGCUUCCAUAUUCAUUGAGGACUGCGAGUUGCAGGCUAAGGAAAAUAUGGUAUUUGCAGGCACAACUGUUGUGAAUGGGAGUUGUGUUUGUAUUGCUAUAAGCACUGGCAUGAACACUGAGAUCGGAAAGAUACAGAAGCAAAUACAUGAGGCUUCUUUGGAGGAAAGCGAUACCCCUUUGAAGAAGAAGCUGGAUGAAUUUGGGGGCAGGCUUACAACUGCAAUUGGGCUUGUUUGUCUUGUUGUAUGGAUCAUUAAUUACAAAAAUUUCCUCUCAUGGGACAUUGUGGAUGGAUGGCCUGCAAAUGUCCGAUUCUCUUUUGAGAAGUGCACUUACUACUUCAAGAUUGCUGUUGCCCUGGCUGUAGCGGCUAUUCCUGAAGGCCUUCCUGCUGUAAUCACCACUUGUUUAGCUCUUGGUACUAGGAAAAUGGCACAAAAGAAUGCAUUCGUAAGAAAGCUUCCAAGUGUAGAAACCUUGGGAUGUACUACUGUGAUUUGUUCAGAUAAAACUGGGACUUUAACCACAAACCAGAUGUCUGUGGCAGAAUUCUUCACUUUAGGUGGGAAAACUACCUCAUCUAGAAUUUUCCAUGUGGAAGGAACAACUUAUGACCCUAAGGACGGAGGAAUUGUUGAUUGGACUUGCUACAAUAUGGAUGCUAAUUUGCAAGCCAUGGCAGAAAUAUGUGCAAUUUGCAAUGAUGCUGGCAUCUUUUGUGAUGGGCGUCUGUUCCGAGCUACAGGUUUGCCUACUGAGGCAGCUCUUAAGGUUUUGGUUGAGAAGAUGGGAGUACCAGAUGUCAAGGCGAGGAAUAAAAUUCGUGACACUGAACUUGCUGCAAAUUAUUUGAUUGAUCGUAGCACUGUGAAAUUAGGGAGUUGUGAGUGGUGGAUCAAAAGAUCGAAAAGGGUUGCCACAUUGGAGUUUGAUCGCAUUCGGAAGGCAAUGAGUGUGAUAGUCAGGGAACCCAAUGGAUGCAAUCGACUUCUUGUCAAGGGAGCUGUUGAGAGCAUAGUGGAGCGCAGUUCAUAUGUGCAACUUGCAGAUGGAUCUCUUAUUCCCAUUGAUGAGCCUUGCAGGCAACUGUUGCUUUUGAGACUUUUGGAUAUGAGCUCUAAAGGAUUACGGUGCCUGGGAUUGGCAUACAAGGAUGAACUGGGAGAAUUUUCAGACUACUAUACUGAUAAUCAUCCUGCACAUAAAAAAUUGCUUGAUCCGGCUUGCUACUCCACCAUCGAAAGUGAUUUGAUCUUUGUAGGAGUUGUUGGUCUGAGGGAUCCUCCACGUGCUGAAGUUCACAAAGCAAUCGAGGAUUGUAGAGGUGCUGGUAUCAGAAUUAUGGUGAUAACUGGAGAUAAUAAGUCUACUGCUGAAGCAAUCUGUAAAGACAUCAAGUUAUUUUAUAAAGAUGAAGAUGUCAGAGGAAGAAGUUUCACUGGUAAAGAGUUCAUAGCUCUUUCCCCUUCACUACAAAUGGAAAUCUUGUCUAGACCUGGAGGUAAGGUGUUCUCGCGUGCUGAGCCCAGGCAUAAGCAAGAAAUAGUACGAAUGCUGAAGGAGAUGGGUGAAAUUGUUGCAAUGACUGGAGAUGGUGUUAAUGAUGCACCUGCUCUAAAACUUGCUGACAUUGGGAUAGCCAUGGGUAUAACAGGAACUGAGGUGGCUAAAGAAGCUUCAGAUAUGGUUUUGGCAGAUGAUAACUUUAGUACAAUUGUUUCAGCAGUUGCUGAAGGUCGUUCUAUUUACAACAACAUGAAAGCUUUUAUUAGGUACAUGAUAUCAUCUAAUGUUGGAGAGGUCAUAUCCAUUUUCUUAACUGCUGCACUGGGCAUACCAGAGUGUAUGAUACCUGUGCAGCUUUUAUGGGUGAAUUUGGUUACUGAUGGCCCUCCUGCAACAGCCCUUGGAUUUAACCCUGCUGAUGUUGACGUAAUGCAGAAACCACCCCGCAAAAGCAACGAUGCCCUUAUAAAUUCCUGGGUUCUCUUUCGAUAUCUGGUAAUUGGUUCUUAUGUAGGCCUUGCAACAGUUGGGAUAUUCAUCUUAUGGUACACUCAAGCUUCUUUUCUGGGUAUCAAUCUUGUUAGUGAUGGGCAUACACUUGUCGAAUUCUCUCAGCUUCGCAAUUGGGGGGAGUGUUCCAAAUGGUCAAAUUUCUGUGUGGCUCCGUAUUCAAUUGGUGGAGGACGCAUGAUUGCCUUUUCAAACCCUUGUGACUAUUUCUCUGUUGGUAAAGUGAAGGCAAUGACUCUUUCCCUCUCUGUACUGGUAGCAAUUGAGAUGUUCAAUUCCCUGAAUGCACUUUCUGAAGACAACAGCUUGGUUACAAUGCCACCUUGGAGGAAUCCUUGGCUUUUAGUUGCCAUGUCAGUGUCAUUUGGACUCCAUUGCCUCAUACUUUAUGUCCCAUUCCUGGCUGAUGUAUUUGGGGUUGUCCCGUUGAGCCUGAAUGAGUGGCUUCUCGUCAUCUUGGUUUCAGCUCCUGUAAUUCUAAUUGACGAGGUUCUAAAAUUUGGGGGAAGGAGUCAAAGAUAUAGAGCGAAAGAAAAGACAGCUUAAAGUGGUUUGAAAACACAUCAAAUGGGUGGAGGGUUCUGCUGAUUUUUUAAAAUCAUUCUUUUGACACAUUAAUUUAUUUUGUUUCUUUGACAUUUACGUCCUUACGAAGGAAAAAUAUAACUCAUUUUGUGUAUCUCAAUGAAUAGAAAUGGUAAGUAACGAAUUUCGUUGCUUACUUUACACUUCCUUAA